AUGAAAGAUCUUGGAAAUCUUAGUUACUUUUUGGGACUUGAGAUCACUUCUAACUCUGAGGGAUAUUAUCUUUUGCAAGCAAAGUAUGCUUCUGAUCUUCUUACUCGAGCGGGACUCACAGAUAGUAAAACAUGUACCACUCCUCUAGAGCUCAACUCUAAACUCACUCCCAUGGAUGGUACACCUUUCGAUGACCCCACCUUGUUUCGCCAGUUGGUUGGUAGUCUUGUUUAUCUUACAGUUACUCGCCCUGACAUCUCUUAUGCUGUCCAUAUUGUCAAUCAAUUUCUCUCUACUCCUCACACAUCCCAUUAUGCUACAGUGCUUCCCAUUCUCAGGUACAUCAAAGGGACCCUAUUUCAUGGUCUCCACUUCUCAUCUCACUCUUCACUUGAGUUUCGUGCCUACUCAGAUGCAGAUUGGGUAGGUUACCCCAUUGAUCGUAGAUCUACCACUGGGUAUUGCUUCUUCCUUG